CCUCUUCCUUUUCGUUUCAAGGACAUAUGCUGCAUCGACUCUUCCGUACGGUUUCGGUGUCAAAAGAUUCGGACGACAAUUACACGCGGUUACUACUUGAACCUGAGGCGUAAUUAGCGGCCCUUUCAUGGUGCUGGUUGUUUCAUACUGCCAAGAAGGCUAAUCGUGCUCUUCCUCCUUUUUUACUUUAUUUUAAUGAACAGCUGGUGCCCGAUUCCUUUGGGUGAAAGUCAAGUCAGAGUGCUAUUCUGUCAAGAUGCCGGCGAUUCGAAUAAAACCAUUCUAUACGAUUCUAAUCAUGGCAUAUCGGUAUCGCCUGUGAUUCCAGCCAACUCAAAACGCGGGGCGACGACUACACGGGGAGGUAUGGCUCGUUCUUGGAACGGCAGCGACGUAUUCCUGUCGAAAGCAGCGUCCAGCAGGGGAAAUUCUUCACUGCUUGGAUCAUUGACAGACCGAAGAAGCGAUUAUGCAAGGCCGUCUAGUAUGCGGACACAGCCUUCUUUUGCGACGUACGAUAAUCGUGGAUCUCCUUCUUCGCCACAGCGCCAUCAUCGCCAGGCUAGUCGGCGGCUGGAUCUUAUUGGCGACAUGAUCUUUGGCACUGCACCACUUGCAUACAAAGGCAUGAACACCAAAGUCCACUACAAACGUGACAAGGAACCGCAAAUUGUUCUAUCCAAGCUAUUUACGAUCAAUCCACAGGAUGCGGACGUGACCCGACGCACUUCAUUUUCAUCUCUAAACAGCGACUGGUCAACGACAUCAUCCAUUGCAGGCUGUGGUGGUGGCAGUGCGAAUACGGCCACUGCUACUGGUAGCGUCGCUGGUCUAAAACAUGGUGCCAAACGAUCCACAUCAACCUUGUCUGUGCGAUCUAUAUCGUUGGAUGACAAUGCAUCUGAGCUGUCAAGCGAUGACGACAGGAGUCAUUACUCGGGUUACUCUGUGUAUCCACCGGUACUGGGAUUACGAUCUAGUUCCAAUGCCUCAUUCAACUCGAAACGGUCUCGUCGGUUUAGUCAAACUAGUAUGGAAGACGGUGUAUUUCGGCCGAUGCCGAUGCCCGGUGGUGGAAUACACAGCCCGUCGGAUAGCAACAAUGGCAGUAUUCCUCCGCCUUCGCAACAUAGCGUACGAACCAUCAAAUAUGCGAUUGCUGUUGUUAUCACGCUGGAUGACAAGAACAAGGCUUUAUUUGAUUUCGUAUUUUCCCAUUUCUCAUUAAUUGAAAACCAUUUGCAUCGGUUACAAGCUGAGGCUUUCGAGCUGCUAUGCGAUCAUUUCCGUACGACCAACUUUUCAAACCAUCAUCCGUUACAACAGAAUCGAAGAUCCAGAGGACACUUGUCGUAUCUAGAGUCCGGUAUUUUUCAACAUGACAAAACAAUGAUCGACGCAGUUAUGCAAUUUAAACGCGCGUUCCAUGAUCUUUAUGGUGUUCCACGGAUACAGGAACCGCUUUGGCUCAACAUGUCGACUUUUCCUCAACGGAAAUCUGAUUAUGCGGCAUCGCUUGUCAAAGAGUUAAUAUAUUUGAUCGAUCAAUAUGAUACGGACAGCAACCACCACUUCAUUUCAACUUUGGUAACGGCCGUGCUGAUGUACCACCUAUCGUGGGUGCAGACAGUCGCUCCUCCUGAUGAAGUCAAGAAUAUAAAUUGUCGCCACGGCAACUAUGAUCCGUUGUGGGCGCAAUUGAGUGACUUGUACGGCUUUGUCGCAUCGCCUGGGCGGAUUGCACGAACUGUUGUUGUCGGUCAAAAGAGUGGACUUGUUCGACGAAUCUUGUAUAUUUUGACAUAUUUGAUUCGAUGCAACGAGGUUUACGAGAAUAUAGAAUCCAUGAUAAGUCCUGACUCAGAGAGCAUAUUCAGUUUUGAACGAGAAAAAGAUGUCACUGACGUAUCCAAACUGGAAGAUAAGAUUGUCAAACAACUCAUUGGUACUGCCACCGACGUUGAAUCGAUCGCCAUACCCAAAGCAGCAGCAGCAUCUUCUGCACACAUAUCUUCAUCAUCAAACGAAUCACUCAAUUACCAUCAUCCUACAGCAUCCCCUGAUUCGCUCAAUGAUCAUAUAAGCUCAGCAUCAUACAGUUCAGCAGUAAAUGCGUCGACAGGAACCAAUCGUUGGUCAUCUAGCGGUAGUUUCGAUCAACCCAAGUCCUCCACGUCAUCGUCAACAGAUCAUCUUCCAUCAAGAAGCUUAGUGUCACUGACUGAUGAACAGCGGAAUGGAUAUGGAGAGCAGUCUCAACCACAGCAGACACCACAAAGACAACAAUCAUUAGACGAGGUGAUAUCUGCUAAUGGAACAUACCCUGUCAUGAUGCCAAAAUCAACUAUAUACCGCAUGACACCUGAUAUCACCCAGACCAGAGAAGAUGGCUUACCGACAGACCCAAUACAUCAUCUGUUUGCCAAAUCAUAUGGACGGUCCCUUAUGGGUACCUACUGUGACACGUACAAGUCAGAUUUUGUCCUGCUCGGUGUAUCCAACAGCUCGUUUAUUGAUCGCUUAGAAGCAGAUAUGAAGCAUACGUUGCCCCAAUUCGCAUUGACAGAUGAAGUCACUGAAGCAACCUGCUUAGUGAUUGAUGCCGAAAAAAGUCGUUGUCGCAUAUUACGCCAGCGUAUAUCCCAUGUUGACUCUAGCGAUAUGAACAACGGAGAAAACAAUGCCAAUUGGAAGGACGUAAACUGCUCUAAUAUCGUUCGCCAGCUCCUUUCCAAUGUUAAACAAAUGCAUACGUCUGGAGCAUCCCCUGAUGAGAUCGUCGAUUCUAUCGAAGACGGUCUACAGCUGAUCUAUUUUCAAAGUUUGCUGUUGCAAGAACGUCUUUUUGAAUGGCUGAGCUCGACGGGUACAGAACCGUUGGAGGACCUGAAAGAUAUCGCUGAGGAUAUAAAGGUGGAAAUAAGCGACAUUCCAUUAUUGGUGAAUGUAUGCAGUACUUAUGACUCUAGAGUUGCCGAAAUAUUACGUGAAGCAUAAGCUUCAAAGAGUUUGUAGUGUUGUAGUAUCUUAUUCGUAGAGAACAGGCAUGUUCAUACACACAAUACACAAUACACACAUUCUCGAUAUUUUUGUUUGUUCGAUGCAAAUACAUAUACAAAACACCUUUUGCGCACCAUCUUACCUACAAAGAAUCUUUACCCUCCCAUCAUAAUACAACUGUAUAUAGAUAGCAAGUUUCAUGUUUCAAUAAAAAGGGCUCACAUUUGCAUAGUGUCA